CACAUGACUCAUGUCAUGUGACAUGUGUUUUGGUGCAGUUUGGUGCAACAUGGCGGUUUUUUCUGUCAAAGUUCGAUGAGUCUACACUAUCUGGAGAACCAUUUCUGCCGUGUCUGGCGUCCGAUGAAUUAACAUUAAAAGAUGCCCGUUGACAUUAAUCGAUUGACAGAGGGUUGGCUAGAACUGGAAAGUGAUCCGGGCUUGUUCACAUUGCUCUUGGAAGACUUUGGGGUGAAGGGCGUUCAAGUGGAAGAGAUCUACGAUCUACAAAAAUCUCUCGAAGGUCCGGUCUAUGGUUUCAUCUUUCUAUUUCGUUGGAUCGAAGAACGGCGAUCAAGACGAAAAGUCGUGGAGCAGGACGAGAGUUUUGUUAAGGAUGAAGAGAUUGUCAAUAAUAUCUUCUUCGCGCAGCAGGUUGUUCCCAAUAGUUGUGCGACUCAUGCAUUGCUUUCGGUUCUGUUGAAUUGUCCAAAUAUUCACCUGGGUACGACCCUAUCUCGAUUGAAGAUGCAUACCUCUGGUAUGUGUCCGGAAAACAAGGGCUGGGCGAUUGGUAAUACACCAGAGCUAGCCUGCGCGCACAAUUCGCACGCUAUGCCUCAAGCCAAGAGGCGCCAAGACAAAAACACCGGUGUCUCUACAGGCCGCUUUACCGGCGAAGCUUUUCACUUUGUAAGUUAUGUACCGAUAAACGGCAGACUUUUCGAACUGGAUGGUUUGAAACCCUAUCCCAUGGAUCACGGACCAUGGAAGGAGCACGAGGAAUGGACGGAACAAUUUAGACGCGUCAUAACCGAUCGUUUAGGCAUGGCCACGGGCGAACAAUUGCAAGACAUCAGAUUCAAUCUGAUGGCCGUUGUGCCCGACAGGCGUCUCGCUAUCUCGCAUAAAUUAACAAUGCUUAAAACCAAUCGACAAAUAGUCUUGGAGGCUUUGCAACAAUUAGUUAAAUUGAGUCAUCAAGACGGCAGUAAUGCCGAAAAGAACUCGCACGAUUCCGACAAAGAGAAGCAAUGUGAGAAAAGGCACAAGACUGAGGAUGAAAAUGGAUUGCCUACCAAGACGGAGAUUGAAGAAUCGUCCUCGAUUCCAACUAUCAAUGUCGAAAGGAAUAAUGAUUCUGCGGUAGUUAUGGAUGAAUCAAUUUCCAGUAUUGCAUCUGGUAAAACCGAAUCUAGCGGAAUGGAGAAAGUAGUGAUGUGCGCUCUGGAUUAUGCCACGCCGCUGCGAAUUCAAACCUCGCCGGCUCACAGUUCGUCGAGCACGGACACGUCGUCAGAAAUAGGAUCGGCCUUCAAUUCGCCCACUCAAGCUUGGGGCUGGAACUCCGGUCAGAGCAGCCCAACGUCGACGAAGGACUUCAAAAAAUUUGUAGUGAUCAGAGUUGCCGGUGACGAGAAGAAUGAAGCGGGUCUGAGCCGUUCUCUGGGAAAUAUCAAUAUAAACGGAAAGAGAUUGGUUUCCGACAGCGGCCACCUGCACAAGAAGGUCUGCCUAUCGGGGGAAGUUAGGAUACCUCACGCGAGAGUGAAAACUAGCAAUGGGGACACGGUUACGGAAGAGAAAAAGGUUGAGAAGAUCGAUCCUAAACUCUGCUCUAAAUAUCCGGAAUUGUUUGAGCCGCAUACGUUCGCGCCCAAGGAUCUUUUGGCGUUGUUAAAAAAUUUGGAGCACGAGAUCAGCGUGUGCGAAACUAGUCUGAAGGAUGAGAAUGAUAAAAGGAACAAAUAUAAGAUCGACGAUUGUCGGAGGACGCAUAAUUAUGACGAAUUUAUUUGCACGUUUCUCUCGAUGCUCGCUCAGCAGGGAAAGCUGGCAGAAUUGGUCCAGCAGCAUUUAACAUUGAAAAAACACACUUCUGUUUCGGUCAACAGGGUUCACAGGUCGUCGAAAAAGUCCGAUACUCGUCAAAAUUCCUCGCGCAGACGCCGUGGCAGAACAAAAUGUAAGAAACGAAAGUAAUCUCUUUCUAACUUUAAAGUUUAGGACAGCAUUAUUCCGUUUGCUCGGAACUAUUUGAAUUGUUUAUAAUAGAUAAACUAUCUGUCUAAAAACUAUCAUUUGGUAGUUUUAUAAAGAUCAUGAUCACUUUUGUGAAGAAGCCAUAUAUAAUUUUUAGCUAUAGAAUAACGUCGGUUUCUCUCCGAAUUAUCGACUUUUCAAUUUUUGAAAAAAAUUCUAGCUUUUUAGCGUAAUAUAGAUAUUUUUAGAGACAAUUGCGUACGAAACAAUUUUAAUUCGAAUUCGCGAUGAAUAGAAAUUACUUUUUACGAAUCAACUCAAGAUGCAAAUUUAUACGCAGACAGAUGUAUAUAUUUUUUUCUAUUCUUUGUAUAAUCAUGCGUGAUAUUAUCCAGAUCGUUGGUAUAUUUGUGACAUUUUGCCUACUCUUGGCGAGUACUUUAUUUGUGUUUCUUUUGGAUUAUAUUUCAAAUACACGAUUUAUUAAGAGCGCAAAAAGUAUUUGAAUCUCUUUCUGUCUUGCACUUUUUUGUCGAAUUGCUAGAGAAAAGGGAAAGAUGUUAAGAAAUUACAAGGAAAAGGGGUUUUGUCAAAAACAUUGAAAAUAUUUAUUUAUCGGUAUUCAUAUACAAGUACACUACACGCGCUGCGGAUAUGUCCCUUAGAAUCUAAAUACUUACAUCUCCGAACAGCCGGAGAAAGGAGAACCAAACUUAUCAGAUUGGUUGGAAUUACAGUUUUUAUCAUAAAUUGACGACGGGUUAACGAUCCUCGCCUUUGUUUUAUCGUUAAUAUAGUGCAUAGGAACUGUAAUCGAAACGCGCGCAAACGAUUUCAACGGAAUACAAUGGGAAGGAAGAGAAGGAAGUGAAAGAAAAGGGAAAAUGUGGGUGGGAGGAUGAAAAUGUCAUUCCUUCUCCGGCCGAUGUUCCAGCGAUCCUCGUAACUGCUUUUUGGCAAAAAAAGGUGCGAUUGUAUGUACAAUUUGUAAUAAUAAUAUAUCGGCUCUCGUCGUAAUCAUUUGAGGCGCGAGCGAGGCAAAAGUGCGCGAAUAAUCGGUGUGUGUAUGUGUGCGCGCGUGCUUAUGUGCAUGAAGAAUUAAAUCUGAAAUCAUGUCGAGAUUUCAUCCUGAUUGCGGAAAAUUGUGGACGCUCGUUAAUUAACGAUAGAAGACAACACGUUUACAAUACUUUCGUUCUUUUCUUGCUGUCAAAACUUUUAAUCCCAACAAAUUAGCAAUCAGUAGUAGAGUCACGGCAAAAAAUGCACAUGAUUCGGUUAUUACAGGCACUCUCGGUAUUUUAGCGAGUGACGCGACUGUGAGAUACAAUAUGUUGUUGACAAAUUUUGUCCCUUUUUUUUUUUUUCUUCCAACAUUGGAGCUCGGCGACGAUGAUUCGGAACAUUUUUUAUAUUGGCUAUUUAAUAUUUAACAUUAUCGAUGCAUUUUUGUGUGUACACUUUUAAGCCAAAAAAUUGAAAGUUGACAAUUAGACAAUUAGAUUUUUCACGGGAACCGUCAUAUUCUCGACACCGAUUGCGGAAUUUUACGCACAAACAUACCGUAUAAAAUAUAAAACGUUUACGCUAAAGAGAGUAAUGUAAAAGAUACGGGGAGUGAGAGGAAUAUAAACGAGAACCUAUUCGCGAGCGAUAUCGCAGUACAAUAAACAGUGUCACGGCGUAGUGAGACGUUUCUACCUUUGUGUGGCUCUUAAUAAUCGCUCGUCCAAUUUCCUCGUCGUCGUUCGCUCCGCCGUAACAUAGAUGAUUAAUAUACAAUAAAUAGAGAUGCCUCUUCUCAAUAUAUAUAUAAAAU